CUUUUGUAAUAGAGAUUCAAUCUUGAUCGAAUGACCGAAAUUUCCGCCUGUAAUUGCCAAAUGUCAACAAAACAGACAACUUUCAUUCAUGUGGAGUAAAAAUGGUUUACAACGAAUCAGCAGAGUGUCCUUUGUUUCCGGAUAACCCGGGGCAUUGUGAUGCUUUAAUUCACGUGCGACGAGGAAUAGCUUCCAUAUCACUCAUAGGGUGUUUAUUCAUGAUUGUUGUGAUAUGGCUAUUCAAAAAGCAUGUUGCAUUUUCACAGCGGUUGAUCUUAUACCUGAGUAUUUCUGCUCUCUUUGACAGCAUUGCUUAUUUAAUGGGAGAUAUACGUCCUGAUGGACCAAUGUGUGAUUUUCAAGCGUGGUGGUUAUGUUACUUUGACUGGUGUGUACUGAAUUGGGUGUGCAUCAUCACUUUUAAUUUAUUUAUGAAUGUGGUGAAGACUAAGAAUAUAGAGAAGUUUGAAAUACCCUUUCAUGUGAUUGGAUGGAUUGUGCCUGCCAUCAUUUCUUUUCUACCAUUCGCAGGGAACCAUUAUGGACCGGCUGGAGCUUGGUGCUGGAUUGUAGACGAUCUAGGCUGGAGAUUCGGAAUAUGGUACGGCCCUUUGUUCAUAGCCAUUGCAGUUUUGGUUGUGACAUAUGUUUACAUCAUUGUCACACUUAACAGGAGGCUGUCUACGUGGCAUGGAACAUAUGAUCCAGAUAGUGAAAGACAGACAACUAUGUUAAAAGAUGACAUCAAAUCUCUGAGGGCCUAUCCAUUUAUUUAUUUGGCUGUUUCUAUAUUUCCUCUCAUAAACAGGAUACAGAACGCAGCAGCACCUGAUGACCCUGUGUUUGCACUCGUUCUAUUGGCUGCCCUCACCGCUCCUUUGCAUGGUGCAAUGAAUACCAUCGUAUUUGGAAUGGAUAGAGAAACAUUACGGAAGCUGACCCCAGUUCAGAUCAAGAUGGCGUUUUUGAGUCACCAAGUAAAUCCUGGAAAAGUGCGGGAGUAUCCUGUAGCCUCCUAUUUUACUUGCCCCGAGGAAUGCCCCUCCUCCCCACUAUUGGAGGAGACCACUUCUAGCAAGUUUUCAGGCUUUACCCAUCCAAGGAGUCAUUGAGUUGUAGUGCAGGUGGCUUUCAUGGCGAGAGUGACAAAGACUGCCGAAAUACAGGAGUAUCAGCCGGAACCCAGCAUUACAGGAAGUGACGGAGACCAGGGGCAAUAUUAGGGGGAGGAGUGUAGUACGACACAGGAUAAGGGACCAUUAACAGGAAAGCUUUGUGAAAGGAAACCUGUGGAGUAAAUAACUCACCGUGCAUUCUCAGUGUAGGGUUUUAAAACUGAUGAAAGCAUUCAAUAUAAGCAUUUAACAUGUAUUUGAUAAGUAUUUAUUGAUUUUCUUAAUAGAAUAGUGUCAGAAACACCACAGUAUGUAUUUCUGAUUUUUAAAAACACAAUUCAUGAACAAAGAACUUUUCUGGUGCAUGUAUGUUUGUGAACAAAUACUUUUACUGAAAAAUCUGUUGAUUCUGUAAUACAUUUCAUGUGUUAUACCACAAUUUUAUGUUGUGAAUUGAAAGAAUUCAAAAUGCAGUUAACUUUUUUAUGCCUCCCUUUAAAUGACUUUUCAUUUAAUGAAUUGUCAUUUUUUAAUAAAGUAUUUUUUAUUAUCACUGAUAAAAACCACAUUGUAUCUCAAAACCAUGGCACUGCAAACAAAUCCUUCGUUCAGUGAAAGUGCUGUAUAAAUCUGUUCUAUGUAACGACAUUCUCGAAUGAUCUACAUGUAGGUGUGCGUAAACAAUGGUAUGACCAAAUAUAUGAACAUUCUUUGAAAAUGAUAAAAUUCAUUUUGCUAAACCACAAAAAUGAAUAUACAUGUACAGUGCAUGUAUUUGUAUUCAUGCAUAUAAUGAGACAACACACCACGAAGGUUUUAAAAAGACACCCCCCCCCCCCCCCCCCCCCCCCAAAAUGUUUUUCCACCUCUGCUUAUUUAUUAGUGAAGAAUACACCGGUACAUCAAACCAAAAGGAAUAGCAUUAACAUUUGUUUACUCUCUCUCUUACUAUACACAUACAUAUAAUCAGCCUCACUGAGCCAGGGUUUUUUGUCCAUUCUGCUUGCUCCCCGUAUGUGGAGGGGAGUGGACCGAAAAUCCUCGGCUGGUGAAGAGGACAAGUGGUCUUGUUAAAAAAGAUUUCUUCAUUUCUUUUUCAAUUUUAUUGCCUCUAUUGCCUUGUCCAAACAUUUUCCUUUGUAGUAUGUUUUCAUGUUGUGUGUGAAUGAUUGAAUAUAUACAUAUAUAUCUAUUGAAGCAUUUUUAUUUACAUUGUGCAAUUUACAAUACUUUUCAUUUUGUAUACGACUCGUCCACAUUAAAUUGACUGUUUUAGUGCUGUUGAUUAAAUUUGUUUUGAACAGCAAUGUAGCAUUAUAUAAACGUAUUAGUACAUACUGAAAUAAUGAACUGUAUUAAGUUCCACACCUAGUUCAAGUGAAUGACAGUCAUGUUGAUAUUUAGCCAGUGGAAGACACAAUGCACAAGGGGAUUCAUGAUAUUAUGUUUGUUACUGUGGGAUCAUCAUGGUUCGUGGGGGAUUGAUGUUCGUGGAUUUCGUGAGUCACUCUUACCCCCGAAUUUACGUGUCCUUGAACAUUUUUUAAACCAAGUAGAGUUGUCUUUUCUAGUGACAUUGUAUGACCUACCCACGAAAUUACGUCCCUACGAACCAGCAAAAUUUUGCUUACCCACGAACAUUGGACCCCCACGAAUUCAAAGGAUUCCAUAGUAUCGCAUCAGCUUUAAUUCUAAAUGACAGUUUACGACUAGUAAGUUAUGAUUGGCAUAUUCAUAAAUUUUGUCUGACAAAUGUAAUUUUCUCUUUGUUCAUGUAUCGUUCACAGUUGUUCAAGUGAGGAAAGAUUUUAUAAGAAAAUAAUGUACAGAUACAAAUAGUGCUCCUAAAGCCGUUUGUGUUUUUUUUUUUUUUUUUUUUUUUUUUUGUUAGUUUGUUUUUGUCAAAGUACAAAAUUUUUAUUUUGUUACAAAGUUGUCUUUAUCAGUAUAUCUUAACCUCCCCUUGGCAUAAUCCCUUCAUUGUUUUUAAUUUUUAUGUUGCUUUUCUCAAAAAAGAAAAUGAGAAUCCAGACAGUGUUUUGCUUCAUGUUUGAAUCUUUUCCACGCAUGUUACUGGUUAUUAUGAUUUGACCACCAUUUCUGAAUGGAAAUUCUUCGAUGACUCUGAAAUUUUCAGGAUAAAUGCCAUGCUUAUAUCCUAUAAUUUAGAAGAAGGGGAAGGGAGGGGCUGGCUGUGCAUAGUUUAAGUCUGCAACUUGUAUAUCAAUUCUGUCCUCAUGCAAGCACCCACUUGUAUUAGUGAGUGAAACCAUUCACCUACACAUGCAUUUAGUACCAAGGAAAGUAACUCCCACCAAAAUGAAUUUCUUUACCCUCGGCCAGAAAUUUUAUUGCUAGAGCAGAGCUCUGUGUUAUACCAUGUAUAUAGGGGAAAGGCAUCAUUUCUUGAAAAAUAUUCUCGACUCCUUGAAAUUUGAUGCAUGGCCAUUAAUAAGGAGGGCUGUGACUGAAUUCCUCAGAAAUCAGUGGAAAACUGGUGAAAAGGGGAGGAAAACAUCUCGUCCUGCCUGGAAAAAUAUCAUUUUCUGUCACUUAGAUGAAACCAAGAGCGUUUCAUUUUUUCGAAAAUUUGAACCAAUUGGAGGAUUUCCUCUGAAAAGAGGAAAAAUCACACCCCUGAAUAAGGAGGGAAGUUUAUUAAAAAUUGAAAUUCAGUUACCAAGGGUUUUUUUUAAAACCCAUAUAAAGAAACAAUUACCAAAUGAUUACAAAAAGGGAUAAAAGAAAUUGAGUAUUCUUAUUCCUCGCUUUGUCUGAAGUUUCUCCAUUAAAACUUCCAAUAAAAAUUUUAAUUUGUAAUUCAACACACCGGUAAUUUAAAAGAUUUUUUCUGUGAUAUAUUUUCGUAUAUAUUUUACAGCCAUUUCAAAUAUUUAUUUGCUACAUAUUGUACAAAAAUAAUGCUUUGUCAACUUGAUACACUAUACACUUGAGUGCAUCUACAGCAUAAUACAUAAAUGUGUAGUAGAUUAUGAGACACCCUGUAGUGUGCAGCAUCGGGGUUUAUUUUUCAUUGGAGAACAAUAUUUAUUUAUAUUGACAGUUUAUAUUAUACUGGUACAUGUAUGAAUUUAGAAUAAACGUGUGUAUUUUCUAAUGUUCAUCUUUAAUUAUUAAAAUGAUAAUAGAAUAAAACAUUAUUUACAAAUUUA